GCACUGUUCAGUACCUACAGGUUGCAAGACUGACGAAUACUACAGGACUGUAUUUUAGAUUUGAAUAUAAAUGCAAAAGUUUUGAAAGGUUUAGAUUUUAGUGUUUUAAGUAGUUGUCCACAAUGGAAUUUUUGACUCUCUGCACACGGUCCUUGCUCCUUUUACUGUUUCUAACAGUGAUGCCUUUUCUUUUAUUUUGUUGUUACAUUAAAUAUAUCCACUUCAAAUAUGACUACAUACCAGGGCCACCAAGGAUCAGUUUUCUGUUUGGACAUUUGCCUAUCUUUGAUAAACUAACAGACGAACAGAAAAACACACAUGAAGUGUUUUUGCAAUGGGCUGAGAUAUAUGGACCUGUGUACAGAAUCAAUGCACUGCAUAAAUUGAUGAUUUUUGUAACCGACCCAGAAGCAGUAAAGGAAAUUCUAAUGUCACCAAAGUAUCAGAAGGCUCCAGAAAUAUAUAAAGCCAUAGUUAAUCUUUUUGGUGUCAGGUUAAUGGGAAAUGGUUUGGUGACAGCUUUGGAUUACAAUCAUUGGCAUAAACAAAGAAGAAUAAUGGACCCAGCAUUCAGUCGACCGUACCUGAUUAGCCUAAUGGGAACAUUUAAUGAUGUAGCUGAACACCUGAUGGAGAAGCUGGAAGAAAAAUCAGAUGGCAAAACAGAAGUUAGUUUGCAUAACAUGUUCAGCCGAGUAACUCUGGAUGUAAUUACAAAGACUGCCUUCGGCAUGGAAAACAGCUCACUGAAUGAUGUUCAUGACCCAUUUCCACAUGCUAUUUUCAUGGUCAUGAAAGGAAUAAUGUUGCAGAUCAGGAAACCAUUUACAAAGUUUUUUCCAAAAAACAAUCAAUUAAUACAAGAGAUAAGACAAAGUGCCCUUUUACUUCGACAUGCUGGACAAGAAUGCAUCAGGCUCAGAAAGGCUGCAAUCCAGAACGGAGAGGAAAUACCAAAGGACAUUCUCACCCAAAUCUUAAAAUGUGCUGAACUUGAAGAAAACAUUGAUGAAGAAGCCAUGUUGGAUAAUUUUAUUACUUUUUUCGUAGCAGGUCAAGAAACAACAGCCAACCAGCUGUCCUUUACAGUUAUGGAAUUAACAAGACAUCCAGAAAUACUAAAACGACUUCAAGAGGAGGUUGAUGAAGUUGUUGGUUUGAAGAAAAACAUUGAGCAUGAAGAUCUGAACAAACUACAGUACAUGUCCCAGGUUCUUAAGGAAUCCUUGCGUUUGUAUCCUCCAGCCCCUACUACAAAUCGUAUUCUUCACAAGGAAAUGAUGUUGGAUGGAAUUAAAGUACCAGCAAAUGUUGCCUUAACUUUCGACACUUAUGUAAUGGGAAGAAUGGAGAAGUUCUUCAAGGACCCACUUACUUUUAACCCUGAUCGAUUUAGUCCAGAUACUCCAAAGCCAUAUUAUUGUUACUUUCCUUUUUCACUGGGCCCACGUUCAUGUAUUGGUCUUGUGUUCGCACAGAUGGAAGCAAAGUUGGUUUUGGCUAAACUGCUGCAACGAUUUGAGUUUGAGUAUGUUUCUAACCAGUCAUAUGAAAUCAUGGAUAUAGGAAGUCUGAAACCACGUGAUGGAGUAGUUUGCAGAAUUAAACAAAGAGUAAAAUAAGGAAAAGUCUUAAAAUAAAAUAAAAACAAUCUGCAAUACUUUUUAAGGAAAUGUUGCAUCUGGGUUGGGUAAAUAAACCCUGUAAUCAUGUUUAUGUAUUGUAUCAACUGAUGCCUAUGCAGAAACAGAGAAUAACUAUACACACUUUUAUUGCAACUUAUUAUUGACAACCAGGCUACAUAAAAAGUUGUAAAUUUCCAUUUAUGUCACAGAUGAUUAUACUGAUAUUUGAGAACAUAUUGAAUGCAUUUCUUUCUGUGGUAUAAGAAAGCAAACAACAUGCUACUCACAUUUAUUAUAAUGUGUAUUGCUGUCUAAAAUACACAAUCAGUUAUUAAGCAUAAUUAUUACCAUUGUAUUUUGUGAUAUUUUGCUAAACUGAUAUCUCAUAUUGAAAUAUUAAAAUUCAAAGUGAAAAAAUCAUGGCUC